AUGAAUGAACCCUUUGUUGAAGCUCUCUCCGAUCCCAACUCUCCUGAGUUUAAAAACAAAGCUGCAAGAAUCAUUAACACGCGCUCCUACAACCCUGAGCACAACUGCAAGUGCUCCUACAACCCUAAACACAACUGCAACCGCUCCUACAACCCUGAGCACAACUGCAAGCGCUCCUACAACCCAGAGUACAACUGCAAGCGCUACUACAACCCAGAGUACAACUGCAAGCCCUCCUACAACUCAGAGCACAAUUACAAGCACUCCUACAACCCAGAGCACAAGCGCUCUUACAACAGAGAGCACAACUACAAGUGCUCCUACAAGCCAGAGCACAACUUCCAGCACUGCCACAACCCAGAGUACAACUGCACGCCCUCCUACAACCCAGAGUACAACUGCAAGCACUCCUACAACCCAGAGCACAACUUCCAGCACUGCGACAACCCAGAGUACAACUGCAAGCGCUCCUACAACCCUGAGCACAACUGCAAGCGCUCCUACAACCCUGAGCACAACUCACAACUGCAAGCUCCUACAACCCUGAGCACAACUGCAAGCGCUCCUACAACCCUGAGCACAACUGCAACCGCUCCUACAACCCUGAGCACAACUGCAAGCGCUACUACAACCCAGAGUACAACUGCAAGCCCUCCUACAACUCAGAGCACAAUUACAAACACUCCUACAACCCAGAGCACAAGCGCUCUUACAACAGAGAGCACAACUACAAGUGCUCCUACAAGCCAGAGCACAACUUCCAGCACUGCCACAACCCAGAGCAUAACUUCAAGCACUCCUACAACCACAAGCCCAGCUUUAAACAGUCCUUCAACAACAUUACCUCCAUUAAAUCCAACUUUUAACUUGACAUUUGCUAUUAAAGAAACUUAUGAUGCAGCACUGGCCAACAACAGCUCUCCACAGUUUAAUGCAAAAUCUACAAAUAUCCGUGGUCAGGUUGAACCGUUGUUCAAGAGAUCCUUUACAAACUUCAAACAAAUGGAUAUAGUCAAAUUCAGGAAUGGAUCUAUUAUUACAGAGAGCAACCUUUAUAUGAAUUCUAUUGGCCCAAAUGUUACUCUGGAACAGGUGAAAUCCGUCUUCCUCGGUGGACUUUCCGGCUUUAACUUUACUGUUGAUCCGAACUCCGUCAGUGUCACUCUUGGUAAUUCCAUGCCACCAGCGAUUGCAAGCUCACUUUCCAUGAUAUUAAUGUCUGUUCUAACACUUCUACUAUCAAUAUCAUUGCACUUCGAGCUCUAGACCUGAUCAGAGAACUUACACAAUCACCCAUAUGUACGAUUCACAGUCAUUCUCAAGAUAAAUGAAAAUUUAUUUUUUUUAUAAACAAAAUCCUAAAUCAAGAAAUACUAAUAUAUGAACUUUUAAAACUGGAGACUUCAUGAGGGUUGUAAUUGAAAAUUUCUCCACAUUCUAACAGUCCUACAGGGAUUUUCUUUCACUUCUAUGUAAAUCUUUUGAAUGUUUUUGUCCAAACAUUAAUUCCAUAAUAAUAUAUUAAUACUUUUUAAAAGUGCCUACCAUAUGCCUUUAUUCAAGCUUCUGUCUCGCUACUCUAAUAUACAGAUUUAUUUGAAUUCAUAUUUCUGAGAUGACCGUUUUCCAGCAAUUUCUCAGAACUUAGCAAAGAUCUGAGAAAUUGCUGGAAGACGUCAUGUCAGAAAGUUUUGGACCAAUGUUCUUGUGGUCAAGUUACUAAGUUGGUAAGGAAAGUUAGCUUUAAUCAGAGUUCUGGUGGUCCCAUGCUUUUUUUUUUUGUAAUAUUUACACUGAUCUUGGGUUUAUAUCCUGUCCAGUUCUAUGGCCAAAUAGAAUUGGAUCAUGGAGGUCAACAUUAACACCAUUGUGCAUUUCUAGAUCAUGUCCAGUCAGUGGAAUUUGCUACUUAUAGACUGCAGUCAAGAUCUACAGACAUCUCAAUGUAAUUAAAGAAAACAUGAUGCAACAACUCAGUCCCACAACUUUGGCCAAGGGUUUAAAUACUUAUGUUUUGUUUCACUUUUUUCUGUCAUGGAUUAUAGAUUAUAUUUAUUAAUGGCGAUGUAAAUAUACUUAAUUCCAAAUAAAAUUGAUAUCAUUACACUUUUGCACCUGCUGUUGUGUUAUUUACUGUGAUGGUAGAUUUAGUGAAAAGAAAGACGAUUAAAUUAAGAUAGUCCUCCUGGAUACAGAUCUGUAUAUAAGAUACUGAUAUAAAACUGGAGGUUUGCAGUUACUUUUAAUAAUAAUCUAAUCAUUAAAAAACUUCUGCAAAUAAAUUCAACACAUUUGAAUGCCUCGAUCCUGGCAGUAGAUUAGCAUGACUAUUGUGCUACAAUUUUUCCUAGUAUCUAGGAGGGGAAAGGGGGUAUGAUAUUGGCCUAUAGUUAUAACAAACCAGAUAGUCCCUCUCCUCUUUAGUCUGGAGGAUGUGGUGUCCCUGGUUUCCAAAAAGAAAUAAAAAUUUCCAUUUGUCUGACCACAAAACAGUUUGCAACUUUGCCUCAGUACAUUUUAAAUGAGCUUUGGUCCAGAGAGGACGAUGACGUUUCUGGAUCAUAUUCACGCAUGCCCUAAUAAUCUUGCCUCAUAAUCUUGCACCCUCAUACCUCUCUGACUUGCUUCAUAUCUACACCUCAGAUCUUCCUUAUCUGUUUCUCUCACUGUACCUUCUGUCUGUUUUAGUCACUAUGGGGUUUAGAGCAUUCAGCUGGGCUUCUCCUCAUCUCUAAAAUUCUCUUCCACAAUCAGUACGAGAAAGUGACUGUCUGACCACUUUUAAAUCGUGCCUCAAAACUCAUCUAUUCUGUCUAAUUUUAACAGUUAAAUAGCUGUUGUUUGUUUGAUUUUAUGA